CCUUACUAUAGACUCCGCCCAUGAACUGAAGCAAGCAGGAGAGUUCUAGCCAUGAGUGAUCUUCUUCGUUUUAGUUCCACUGCUGGCAGCAGUACUGGAGCUAGUUCAGAGGCUGGAGGGAUUGGUGGGGUAAGUCCUGGGCCCGCCGUGCCUGGUGUCGGGAGGGAAGAGACCCAAGUACAGGAGCUUGUGAGCGGAGAAGACCUCUUGAAGGAGAUAGAAGCUGUUGUCGAGAGAUUAAAGACUAUAUACAGUCAGACAUCAAAACCACUGACUGAUGAUACCAUAGAGGUGUCAAGAUUCUGUAGAUACCUUGAAAGCAUCUUACGUCAUGGACAGAAAGAAAAACUUAGUUUCUGGGGAGAGCGCAGGGAUUAUUAUCACUACAUUAUGGAAAACCUCAGCGGUCUCAAGAACUUUGAACAGAUAGUAAAAAGAGUUCAAGGACUCUCUGAGAUUGUGAGCAGUCAAGGAAAGGGGCGGGCUUUAGUUCGGUUAUGCUUGAACGAGCAAUUAUUAGCCGACUGUGUUCAGACAUCAAUCAGUAACGUCAAAAAGACAAAAGAUUGGUAUCAGUCUGGUGCAGUAUUGCUUGUCCCUUCACUGACGGAGAGACUCAUCAGUGCCCUUUAUGACCUUUAUGAUGUGACCUUUUCACUCCCAGUGGAUGGGCUGGACCUGGAUGACGCUUGGCCUUCUUUCAUUCAGAAAUCCUUCAGUGAACAGUCUCCAAGGAGAACCAGUAAUGGAGGAGGUGGGGGAGGAGGAGGGGGAGUGUCAGGCCUGCUUAAGAAGGCACUGGUCACUCGUGAGGCUAAAUCAAUCGACAAGUCAAUGCUUUACAAAGAGGAAUACACGCUAGAGAGAGCAAUAGAGGAAGAACCCAGUGAGAUAUUCGUACGACACGAGGUUCCCUUUGACCUCUCACUCGUUGGGUCCCUACUAGAGGAAAUACGGACUCUACUAGUCGACGAAUUUGAAGGAUACAGUCACAUGACUAACCUGCCUUCGAUAAAAGUGAAACAACUUGAUGAUAUAUCCUCUGGUCUCUCAUUACUGAAGGACUAUGUUUUGACAAUGUCGAGCGAUGUUACUAAGAGCAUGGAUAAGAGGAACAGACUUGUGCAUCAAUUGAAGCAGCAGGUUUUCAAGAUAGAGGAAGAGUUGAAAGCCGAGCAAAGGAAGGCAAAAGAUUUAGAGGAAGAGGUCCAAUCAAAGGAGAGUGAUCUGGCCAGCACUAGCCUACAGCUUCAGGUCACGUCUGAUGAGAAGAGAAAGUUUUGGUCGCAAGUUGUGGAGCAAAGGGAACAAAUAUCGGCUCUCAAAGAAGAGAUAGCACAAUUAAAGGAAGACAAGUCCAACAUGGCCGCCACUCCUCCUCCCUCCGAUACCGAAAUGAAGCAAACCAUCGAAGAACUCAACGAGACAAAACUCCGACUAUCAUCCAUAGAGUCUGCAAACUCGGCACUUUCGCUUCAAGUGGAAGAGGAACGGAAGAGCAAAGAGAUCCUUGAGAAUACCAUUAGGACACUUAAAGAUUCUCAUGAAUCAGAGAUGAGGGAGGCCUCGGGUAAACUCUCUUCAAAUCAAGAGGAGAUUGAGAGACUCAAUAAUGUACUGGGUCUGAGUCAAGAAGAACUGAGAGAGAAAGACUCACAGCUAAGCUUGUGCAGGACAGAGUUUAGCGAGAAGACAAGAGAGUUAGAAGAAGAGCUGAAGGCAUUAGUGGCUACUAGAGAAGAAUUGGAGAAGGAGAGAGACUCUGCUAUAGAGGAAGUGAAGAGCAUGCAGGGUCUGGUGGAACAGGAGACAGCAUCGCUGAGGUUUCAACUUAGCACCACUAAUAUACAGCUACAGCAGAAUAAUGAGAGUUACAGCAAGAGAGAGAUGCAACUAUCUGAGCUGAAGGAUCAAGUGCAGCAACUCUCAGAUCAGCUAACUCAAACAAGAGGGAGCCUCUACCAGAAGGAAGAAGCAAACGAAGAACUGAGACAACAAUUAGCUAUAUCCGAUACACGCUGGCAGGGCCUUCAAGAGGAAAUGAAAUCACUUAAUGAACAACUAACAGAGAAGACAUUAAACAGAGAUGCUGUGAGAGAGCAGUUCUUGAAGAAGGAGAGAGAGUGGGACGACCAGAGAGAAAGGAUGACUAAAGAAAUGCAGAGACUCAGUGGAUUCUCAACAAAAAUGUCGCAAGAAAAUGAAGAACUGAGGAAAGCCAUUCAAAGGCUGCUAGCCCAAAAGGUCAGUUUGUGGCAGCAUGCUGAUGAGCUUGAGCAAGAGCAAGUAGCUAAAGGCCAAUGGCUGGACAGUCGUGAUGUAGUAAACUGCAUGGGAUGUAAGAUUAUAUUCUCAAUGUUUAACAGGAAGCAUCACUGUAGAUCAUGUGGGAAGGUAUUUUGUGGCAAUUGUUGUUCUCACAAAGCUCAACUACCAUCAAACAAGGACCCAGUUCGUGUAUGCGCUGGUUGCUAUGGUAAGAUAGAAACCUUAAGGACACCACAGGCUUCAUCACUAGUCAAUCCGGUUGAUGAGGAAUCCGUAUCAGUCAAACCUGCUCUCUCGAAUCCUGACACAAUACCAUCAGGGGACGGAGACACCACUACAAACACGAUCAAUCACAUUAACAGUUUUCCUGGAGGCGUGUCACUCAAUAGUUUUCUGGACGGCUCCGACGAACCAUUGUUAUCGCAUUUACGUGACGGCGGUCAGGGGAGUGGCACUUACAACGGUAAACUAUUCUCUUCAAGCCAGCAGAGCUCAAUGGAGAACUCGGUUGAAUAUUGUGUAGAGCCGCUCCUACAGGACGAUAGAGUUGAAGGAGGUGAUAUUGGCGGUAAAGCUAUUACCUACACAGUAUCAGCAACUGAUCUCACAGCUGCUUCUGAUCCCGACGACGAGUUCUGUGUCAUAGAGACCAUGAGCACUAAGAGUGAUAACGUAUAUCCUUUCGGUACUCCGGACUCUCGUCUUGACGUGACGGCCCUACAAGCUAAACUAUCCAAAUUAGAAACAGGUCAGGCUACACCUGGCGGCUCUAGAAGAGACCCCUCCUCCUCCUCCACCCCUCAGUUGAGCAGGUUUGAUGACAGCGAGAGAGACGGUAGUGGAGAAGCUAGUGGUAAGAUCCCUGGUACCCCAGGGUCUGUCAUUAGAGAGGUUAAUGAUAUGGAGGUGGAAGGAGGUAAGACUCACACUGUGACUGUAAUGGUCCGGACGCCAAGGACUGUGGUACUGUGGCAGUUCAAUUCACAACCGAAAGGUAUAGCAGUUGGACUCAAGUAUCAAGAGUCUCACGAGACUGAAACACAAGUUGAGGUUUUACCAUUACGAAGAGUAAUGUCACACAAAACUGUUCUCACUGGCGAAUACGUGGCACAGAAGGCUGGUAUAUACUCACUGAUAUUCAGUAACGCUCAUUCAAAAUUUUCUGGUCGUGUGUUAAGCUAUAAAGUAUGGACAAGAGCACCGUCUUAAGAUGAAGUUGAGCUGGCCAGCAGUUCAUCACUGAAAUACCUAUGACAUGUACAUGUAUAUGUAUGUGAACUAAAAGUAUUAUUGUAAAUUAUUAAUAUUAUUUUUUCAUGAUAAUUGUUUGGUAAUUUCACUAUU